AAAACUACUGUCCCUGUGUGGGAUCCAUGAAGUUAAUCCUGCUUUGAAAACUGAUGAAACUCAGACUGAGACUUGGUUCAACUCGACUCUGAAGUUUGUUUCUCGUCUCUGUGAGCCAGCGACAGAGUUUCUGAGGAGGAAACUAACUCACCAUAUCAAGACACAACACACUUCCUGUUCUGGAGGACGGGGGGGGGGCACGAUGUGGUGCAGCAGGGGUGAGGCCAGCAGUCAGUCUGUCAGCAGAGCUACUGUGGAGGAGAAACCAGCUGAAACUGGGAGAGAGAGGACGGAGAAGAAAGAAGAAGGAAGACCUGAAGAAGGUGUUGAGGAACAGAAGUCUGGAAAAAAUAAAGGAAAAGUAGAAACGAGGAGAAAGAAGAGCGAGAAGAAGGAGGUGGGGGUUACAGAGGAGAGAGCUGAAUGAAUCGGAGCCUGCGUUGAAGAGGACGAGCUGACGACUGACAUCAUCAUCGGCGGGGGAGGAGAAAUGGAGUCUCGGAUCUGCUCCUGCUGGAUUUUCCUUUGGACGGUUACGGUCUUGUUCAGAAGCCUUUCAGCCGACCUGGCUUCACCACCGCGUUACACCGUCCACCACACCCAAGUCACCUUUGACCGGGCCAUGGAGGAGUGCUCCCCUGGCGUUCUGACCACCCUCACUACCAAGCAGGAGGUCGCCGACAUCCUCGAGCUUGUGUCCAAGUCACUUUCGCCUCUAAGUCACAAUGAAUUCACCUUCUGGGUCGGCCUGAGGAAGGUGAAGAACGAGUGUGUGGUUCCCACACUGCCGCUGAGAGGAUUCAAGUGGAUGGAGGACGGCGGCGAGGAAUCUCAGGUGAGCCGCUGGACAGAGGAGCCAAAACAGACCUGCACGACGGUUCGCUGUGCAGCACUCAAGGUGGAGUUUGAGGGGUCGACAGUGACCAGGUGGGGUCUGAUUCCUGUCACUUGUAAGACCAGCUACCAGUUCAUCUGUAAACUGAGAGACAGACUGGCAGGACAGACACCUCAACCACCUAAACCUGCUAUAUCAGAACCAGAACCAGCUACAUCUGAACCUAGAACUGCUACACCAGAGCCACAUAAACCUGAACCUAGACCUGCAAAACAAAAUCCAGAACCAACUACACUGAAACCUGAACUUUCUACCCAAAGAGUAGUACCAGAAACUGACCUGAAGCCUGGACCUGAGCUGCAAGGACCCGAUCCUGGUUCUGAACCAGCACCAGGGUUGGACUCGUGUCAGAAUCCCCUCAUCCCUGGUGCCCGCUCCCUCAGUCUGAACGGCGACAACAGUAGCAGGAUCCAGGUGGAGUGCUGGUCCACUAUUCGGCUGGAGCUCCACUGCUCGGGCCGCCCUACCGUGUGGCGGCUGUUGGAUGACUCCCCCGCCAACUUCAGCACUGUCUGCCAGCCAUGUGAAGACGGCUUCCGGAAAGACGCCUCUGGAAACUGCGUGGACAUCGAUGAGUGCAGCGGCGGCAGAGCCCCCUGCAGGCACACCUGCCUGAACACUGAGGGCUCCUACAGGUGUGUCUGCUCCGAUGAGAACGGGAAACACCAAGAUGAGAGCUCCGCGGCUCUCAUCUCCUCCAUCUACUCGCUGGUGUGUCUGGUCGGUCUGAGCGGGAACUCCAUGGUCAUCUACGUCAUCUUCCGGUACGCUAAGAUGAAGACCGCCACCAACCUGUACAUCCUGAACCUGGCGGUGGCGGACGAGCUGCUGAUGCUCAGCGUGCCGUUCGUGGUCACCGCCGCGCUGCUGCGCCGCUGGCCGUUCGGCGCGGCGCUGUGCCGCCUCGUGCUCAGCGUGGACGCCAUCAACAUGUUCACCAGCAUCUACUGCCUGACGGUGCUCAGCGUGGACCGCUACAUCGCCGUGGUGCACCCGCUGCGGGCGUCCCGGUACCGACGGCCCACUGUGGCCAAGCUGGUGAACGUGUGCGUGUGGAUGUUCUCCCUCCUGGUCAUCCUUCCCAUCAUCCUCUUCUCCUCCACCGCCCCCAACUCGGACGGCUCGGUGGCCUGCAACAUGCAGAUGCCGGAGCCGGAGCGGCGCUGGAUGGCGGCGUUCGCGGUCUACGCCUUCCUGAUGGGCUUCCUGUUCCCGGUGCUCGCCAUCUGCCUGUGUUACGUGCUGAUCCUGAGUCAGCUGCGGGUGGUGGCGCUGCGGGCCGGCUGGCAGCAGCGCAGGAAGUCAGAGAGGAAAAUCACGGUGAUGGUGACGGUGGUGGUGUCGGUGUUCGUGGUGUGCUGGAUGCCCUUCCACGUGGUGCAGCUGGUGGGUGUCUUCCUGGAGCGUCACGACCCCACCCUCAGCCAGCUGGCCGUGGUCCUGGGCUACGCCAACAGCUGCGCGAACCCGCUGCUCUACGGCUUCCUGUCCGACAACUUCCGCCGCUCCUUCCAAAGGAUCCUGUGUCUGCGCUGGAUGGAGGCCCCCGAGGAGCCCCUGGACUACCUGGACUACUACAGCACGGCCCUGAAGAGCCGCAGACUCAGUCUGGACCAGGGCCAGCGUGUGGACCGGGAGGUGGACUCAGAGUACAGGAACAGGACCUGCCCCCCCAACACCAGCUCCAGGAUGUAGUUUAAAUCGUGAUGGCACCUCCAGGAUUUACUACGAGUUACAACGAGGUCCUGUUACACCUUGAGGAGGUCGACUCUGUCACCUGCCCGCCUCCACAUCUACACAGGGAGGGGUGUUAUCUGAUCCAGUAUCCUGUCAGAAAGCAGGUAACCUUACAUCUUCAUCGUGAGCAGGUGGGCCUGCGGAGGACACCUGGACCCUCAGAGUGUGAUGAUGUCACACUGAUGAUGUCAAAGUGGACAGGAAACAUUCACUUCCUAUCUUGACCUCACCUUUGACCUGUGAAGUCUCUCCGACCAAUCAGAGAGAGGGGGCGUGUCUGACCCUCAGAAAAGUGUGUGUUCUAACUGCAAGUGACACAAUACAAACAGCAGAAGGACAGAUGCUGAUUGGCUGCAGCGACAGGUAAUGACAGUAAGUUGUUCCGUAAAACACUGAACAAAUCUCAGUGUUAGCCUGUUAGCCAUGUUAGCUCCUGUAGUUUAUGUUAUAACGUGACCACGCUACUUCCUGUCCUGGAUUUCAGUCUGACUGCAUCGAAGCUCCUCUGCAGGUGUAUCUGCUGUAGCUCCGCCCCCUGCUCUGACUCAUUCAGGUGGAUCUGGAACAUGGACCGCUGCUUUGUUUUGGUAUUUAUGUAUUUAUUGGUGAAUGUAAAGGUAGAAAGUGACAAAGCUGUCCAUCAAAUGCUCGUUGCUGAUUGGCUGAUGCUGUUUAGGUUCAUGACUUUGAUUUCUGAUUUUUGAUAAAGUUGUUUUUUCCUGUUUGUUCCCAGAAUGCAACUGUCUGUAUUCAUACUGAAUAUGUGUUUCUACUCUUUUACAAGCU